UUAUCCAAACGUUCAUCGGCUUGUGUUGCAGCUGCAGCCUGAUCAGUCAACCCGUCCGCCAGCCAAAAUGUCCAUAAGGUUCCUGUCCAUCACUCUCCUCCUGCUCUCAGUGCAUCUGUUCUCCCAGUCAUCUGCAAACAAGCGCAUCAUUUCCAAAAACAUUCCUCCAUGCUGCACUAAGGUCUCCGCUGCUAAUAUCAGCAUUGAUGUGACUGGGGACACGUAUCGUCAACAAUCUGCCAGAUACCACUGUGUGGAGGCUAUAAUCUUCACCACACGAGGUGGAAAAGAGGCCUGUGUGGAUCCCAAGGCUGAAUGGGUCAAGAAACUAACUGCCAAAAUGACGAAGACAGACAAGAUCUGAAGCAUCUCCACCUGUCUGAGCAAAACAUUUCCUAAUGUUUACCCCCCCCCCCACCCACCCACACUGUAUACUCAUAUAUUCCACUGUAAUAACCCCCUUGAAUGCAAUAACAUGAGCUCAAAUGCAUAUAUCUCUGCAGAAAGUGCAACAUGAAGCAAUAAAGACAUUUCUAUUCC